AUGGCCAGCUUCACUGAGACAUUAACAUGCAGGACUCUGCUUCUCUUCUGUUAUCUCAUCGGGGUGUCACUCGCCCAAUUCGACCCCAUCAAGGACUUUUGUAGACGAUUCGGACAUCAGUCAGCGGUAGUGGACGACAAGCUCUAUGUGGACGGUGGUCUGGUCAACUGGAAGCCGUACUCGGAGACUUCAGCAAACGUCAGCAACCAAUUCCUCCUCUACAGCGACCUCAAACAUGAGACGGGAGGAAUGCCCAACGUCUACGCCAAUCUGUCCAAAAACGCAACCAUCCCUAACGUCAGCUUCGGUAUCCUGUGGGAGGACUCAAUCAACAAGUGGCUCUAUUCUUAUGGUGGAGAAUCUCAGUCAACACCCAGCAACUUUAUCCUCUACGGCUAUGACAUCCUCAACAACUACUGGACCUCCUUCGGCCCGCCCUCCACCAGUAGCGGUACCAUUACCCCUUUAAGUCACGGAGCAGGAGUCUCCAUCUCGGAACGCGGCGAAGCUUUCUACUAUGGAGGAUGGUUCAGCGAGAACUCCGUCCCCGGCUGGUCAGGAACUAGACGGGCAUCCGACAGACUGAUUAAGUACGACAUGGACAGCCAUCAUUUCAGCAAUUUCAGCGGGCCAGACAACGUCAGAAGAGCCGAAGGGACCAUGGUCUAUCUCCCCAUUAGUGAUGGAGGGAUGUUGGCCUACUUUGGCGGUGUUCGAGACGAUGGCAACGGCACUGUGUCGCCGCAGCCGCUGGAUACCAUCUUCAUGUACGAUCUGGCGAACACCCGAUGGUAUACUCAAAAGACAUCAGGUAGAGCUCCAGAGAACAGGAGGUUGUUCUGCGGAGGAGCGGCUGUGGCCCAGGAUCAGUCUUCCUACAACAUCUACAUCUACGGCGGCGCCUCUUUCGGCUCCAACCCCAUCGGCUACGACGACAUCUACGUCCUCUCCAUCCCCUCCUUCCAAUGGAUCCGCAGCCUCUACCCGUCCAACUCCAACGUCACCGGCGAAUUCCCCAAAGCCAUGAGCUCCUGCAACGUCAUCAACAAUGCGCAAAUGCUCGUCAUCGGCGGCCGCGCCCUCAACGACACCACCAUCUGCGACGCCGACGACGUCCUCGGCCAACACAACAUGGUUCUCGGCAAAGACAACCCCGAAAAAGCCAUCUGGGCCCGCUUCCAGCCCAACCUGACCACUUACACCCUACCCACCGACAUCCUCACCGUCGUAGGCGGCAACCCCACCGGCGGCGCCACCAUCACCGCCCCGCCCCGAACCGGCUUCGACGCCCCGGACAUGUCCACCCUCAUGACGCGCAAACCGCGCAUUGCCGAGCGAACAGCCACCCGCGACGUCAGGCCCACCAGUGAUCCAUCUCCUGGCACCCCAAAGGGACUCAGCACGGGCGCCAUAGCAGGUAUUGCCGUCGGUGCUUCAAUAGGCGGCAUCGCGGCCCUCGCAUCUCUCUGCUUCUUCUGCAUCCGUCGUCGGCAAAAGCACUACAAACAGCCUCGCGUCGGCGGUGGACCCGGUACCGUAGCAGGGAGUAAUCCCACUAGUCCAAUGGUGCAUCAACACCCGCCUGGGUCUUCAGCAGGAUGGGCAGACGGACCAGGUGGUGCAGCCGUUUCGAGCCCGACGUUCUCUGAUGCGGCACCGACGUAUAAUACUCUGCAGCACGUUACGGAACUGCCUCCUUCUCCACAUGGACAUGGGUAUAGAGGCGUGGCGUUGGCGCCGCCGCCGCCGGUGCCGGUGGAGUUACCGGGUGCGGAAGCGGGGGACAAUAACAAUGCCGAGGGGAAGAGCAAGUUUAAUCCUGGAGUGCCCCUGGAGAUGCCGGUGACGCCGGCGAAGAGUACCGCUAGCACGGGAUAUGGUCAGAGACGUGGACAUGCGAGGAGUCCGAGUGAUUUGGGACCGUCGUACCCGACGGGCGAGGGGGACGAUGCUAUUUCCUCUAGAGGAGGGGUGUCGCCUUCGUUGCCUAGUCCCGGGAAUGGGACGGGGGAUAGUGGUCGGUUUGGAGGGAAUGGGGGGUUGCCGCCGUAUUCUGCGUCAGGGGCGUAUGGGAGUGCGCCUGCUGGAGGGAGGUUUGAGGAGGAUUUUGGGCAUGAGGGGGGGUAUAGGAGGUGA